AUGGCCGACCCACAACCUAGCAUCACUUCUAUCCUGGCAGCUUUAGCAGCGCAGCGACCUAAUGCGACCCCUCCGCAAAAUCAGCAGCCUGCUUACCAGCCUCCUCCUCAACAACAGUCAAAUCCUUAUGUACAACCUGGGUAUUCUCUGCCCCAACCUACAAACUCAGGCAGUGUCGAUCUCAGCGGCAUCAAACCCGUAAACUCUGGAACUGUCAGUAUACAAGAUGCCAUCGCAAAAGCAAAGGUGAUUGCUGCUGAGAAGGGCGUCUCAUACGACAGAGCUCCAUCUUAUGGUGCACCACACCCGCCCAUGCCUUCCGGUAGACCAUACAGUCCACGAUCUAGAUCUAGAUCCCCACAGCCAACACGUCGCGAUCCUUUCCGUGAUAAUUUCAACCCAUAUCGCGAUGAACGACGAGGCCCACCGGGAAGAGAAUAUCGAGAACGUUCAUUCUCUCCCGUAGCACGAGGCAGAGGACCACCCGAUACCUUCCCACCUCCACAUGUGGGCGCAGGUGGUUAUGCUCGCGAACGCUCUCCAAUACGCGGUGCAGAAGAUACCACCGAAUCAAUCUCAAUCGAGUCGAAUCUUGUAGGAUUGAUCAUUGGUAGACAAGGCGAGAAUUUAAGAAGAGUGGAAUCAGAGACCGGCUGUAGAGUACAAUUUAUUACUGGUCCCGACGAAACCGGUCCUUUCAGAACCUGCAAAAUCACUGGCCCUCGUGCUCGCAGAGCAGAUGCUAAAGCUGAAAUUACUCGCAUCAUCGAUGAUAGUGGUUUGGGCCCGAUUUCAGACCGACCUCCAAGAGAACAAAAUGUUACAAGAGACUCAUCGCACCAACCAGCAUUGAGAGAUGGCGAGGAUAGUAUGCAGAUCAUGGUUCCCGAUAGAACAGUCGGUCUUAUUAUUGGCCGUGGUGGAGAGACUAUCAGAGAUCUUCAAGAGCGAAGUGGUUGCCAUGUCAAUAUUGUUGGAGAGCAGAAGAGCGUUAAUGGACUGCGACCUGUCAACCUCAUAGGUACUCAAGAGGCUGCCGCCAUGGCCAAAGACUUGAUCAUGGAGAUUGUCGAGAGCGAUAGUAAGAGCGCACCAAAAGAGCGCGCGCCCGCUCCAAGAGAGAACACUCGUGACGCAGGCUAUGGAGGUGGUGGUGGUGGCGGUGGUUAUGCUAGCGGCGGAGGUCAAGGAGACAAGAUCAAUGAUUCUAUCUUUGUACCUUCCGAGGCCGUAGGCAUGAUCAUCGGCAAAGGUGGAGAGACGAUCAAAGAGAUGCAAACCACGACCGGUUGCAAGAUUAAUGUAACCCAGUCUUCCGGACCAGGUGAGGUCGAACGUGAAAUCGGUCUUGUAGGUUCCCAGCAAGCUAUAGCAGCUGCCAAGCGAGCUAUCGAGGAUAAAGUUGAGGCUGUGCAACAGAAAAACAAUGGCGGAGGUGGUGGUGGUCAUCGUAACAACCGUGGUCAACAAAAUCAACAGAAUGACUAUGGAGACCGUGGAUAUUCUCAACAACAAUAUUCUCAGCCACAGGGACAACAAGGACACCAAGUACAACAAGGACAACAAGCACCUCCAGCUGGUGCUGAAGACCCUUAUGCACAAUAUGGUGGAUAUGAAAACUAUGCCCAGCUUUGGUAUCAAGCAAUGGCCGCGCAAGGUGCGCAAGGUCAAAGUGAUCCAACCAAACCGCCAGGAACGUCGUAA